AUGCAACGCGUUAAACCAAUCGCAUCCAAAACAGGCGAGCUGAUUGCUUACAGCGAAGCGGCUAUACGGAAUAAUAUUUCUGCCGUUGAAUAUUGUCGUACAUCAAUGGCAGCUAUCUCCGGAUGCGCAGCUGGAAUUUUGGGUUUGAAUGGUCUUCUGGGAUUUCUUUUCUACUUUCUUUCGGUUUUCGUUUUAUGGCUGUUGGUUUUGAUGAAGUCUGGAACACAAUGGCGGAAAUUUUUCAUCAAUCGUCAAAGUUUGCUGACAAAUAGCUUCAUGGGCGCUUUAUGCACAUAUGUUCUAUUUUGGACCUUCCUGUAUGGCAUGGUUCACGUUUACUAGUGUAUGAACUUGUAUUUUUAUGGUUAAGGCUUAAUUUAAAAAAAUAAAAGAUUUUUAAUCUAAAUCAAAA